GCCGUAAUUCCCUUUGCAAACAAAUGGAAAACUAACGAAAAGUGUAACGAUGUGCCUGAAAUCUUAUCCGGCCAUCCUUGUGACGUUAAUCUACAUAAUAAAGCAACUGCCGAAAAGUAUUGUUCCAAAAUCAAGGGAGAAUUGUUCAAGGAUUGUCAUUGGCAUGUUGAUCCAGAUCAGUUCUAUCAAGAUUGUUUGUACGACAUGUGCGCUUGUGAGUUCCAAGUUUCGAAGUGUCUAUGUCCGACAAUGUCUUCUUAUGCUGCUGAAUGUGCUAGAAAUGGCAUAAAAAUCGAUUGGAGAAACGAAGUAAGAGAAUGCGGUAUCCAUUGUCCGGGAGGUCAAAAGUACCAAGUUUGCGGCAAUUCUUGCUCUAGAACUUGCAGCGACAUUUCCCUCCGUCCGGAUUGCAAACCGCAGUGCGUCGAAGGGUGUAAUUGUCCAGAGGGUCAAGCAUUAGAUGACGAUGGUGAAUGUGUUCCGAUUGGCCAAUGCAAAUGCUACCAAGACGGGCUGGAAUUCCAAGCAGGCUACAAAGAAGUACGGCCUGCUAGUCACGGUUUGGAGCUAUGCACUUGCUCGAAUGCGAUUUGGAAGUGCAGAUUGGCACUGCCUCAGGAAAUAUUAGAUUUUCCUAGAGCAAACGAUUUAAAAGCCAAGUGCGAUAGCUCUCGCUUUUUCGAAUUUACAACUUGCGAAGACGUGGAGCCUGUUACAUGCAAAAACAUGCACACAAACGAGCAUUUUUCACCUACCGUAUGCCAUUCUGGUUGUAAAUGUAAAGACGGCUACGUUUUAGACAGUAAAAAUAAAAAAUGCGUAAAACCUAAUGAAUGUCCUUGUCAUCAUGGAGGUAGAAGCUAUAAAGAAAAAUCUAUAGUUCAAAGUGACUGUAACACUUGCACAUGUAAAAAUGGCAAGUGGCAAUGCACCGACAGACAAUGUACAGCUGAAUGUUCCACUUGGGGCGAUUCUCACUAUAAAACUUUUGAUGGUAAACAUUUCGACUAUCAAGGACAAUGCGACUUUGUUUUAGCCAAAGGAAGUCUCGGUGCCGAUUCAUUCGACAUCACCAUUCAAAACGUACCGUGCGGCUCUUUGGGCACUAGCUGCUCUAGAAGUCUAACAAUCAGAAUUUCAUCCGGAGACGAUUUGGAAACUUUCACUUUAACCAAAGACAAACUUGUUCCGAGAUUUGCAACCAAAAAACACAUGACCAUAAGAGAAAGAGGAAUUUUCGUCAUAGUUGAAGCGCCAGAUUUAGGUUUGCUGGUGCAUUGGGACAAAGGCACCAGGGUCUAUGUAAAAGUAGACCCGCGCUGGAAGGAAAAAAUCAAAGGCCUUUGCGGAAAUUACAACGAAAAUGAAGCUGAUGACUUCCAAACACCUUCGGGAGGCCUAGCGGAAGCCUCUCCGAAAAUAUUCGGCGACUCUUGGAGAUUGCAAAGCUAUUGUCCGGAAGCUUUAGAGCUAGAAGACACUUGCGCCGACAGACCUGACAGAAAAGUAUGGGCAAUGAAAAAAUGUGGAAUAUUAAAAAGUCCAUUAUUCGCCCCUUGUCAUUCGGAAGUCCCACUGGAUAGUUAUUACGACAGGUGUGUUUUUGAUACGUGUGCCUGCGAUCAAGGCGGCGAUUGUGAAUGUUUAUGUACUGCCUUGGCAGCAUACGCUCAGGAGUGUAACAAUAGAGGCGCCCCAGUACGUUGGAGAAGUCAGCAUUUAUGCCCUAUGCAGUGCGAUCAGAGAUGUUCGGUUUACAGUCCUUGCAUCAGCACUUGUCCCCUGGAAACUUGCGAUAAUUUAUUGACGAAUAGUAAAUUGACGAAAAGUUGCAACGAGGAUAGUUGCGUUGAAGGUUGCAAUCCUAAACCUUGUCCUCCGGAUCAUGUUUAUUUAAAUGAGUCUUAUACGGAUUGUGUUCCUAGGAAUAUUUGUAAGCCUUUAUGUUUGGUUGAUGAUAAUACGGAGGCUGUUUAUUAUGAAGGUGAUUUAAUGGAAGAGGAUGAUUGUCAUAGUUGUUAUUGUUCAAGAGGAGAGAAAAUUUGCAAAGGACAACCUUGUACUACUACCGAGGCACCUAUUUUUACUACGCAUCAAUUGGAGCAAAAUGUUCAGUGCCUGGAAGGUUGGACUAGUUGGAUCAAUCAGGACACUGUUAUAGCAGGCAAAAUCAAGCUUAAGCUGACAGACAUUGAACCUUUACCGAAUCCAAUAGUUUUAAAUAAUUUACAAAGUGCCAGCAAGUGUAACAUAAAUCAAAUGACUCGUAUCGAAUGUUUAACUGUUGACGGUAAACAUCCAAAAGAUUUAGGCUUGGAUGUUGAGUGUAGCUUGGAAAAUGGCCUAAUUUGCCGAUCUACAAAUCCUGACAAACCAUGCCCGGACUUCAAAAUCAAAGUUUUCUGCGAAUGCGAAAAACCUACAACACCACUCGCACCAACUGGAGCCCCUCCUUGUGACAUUUCAAGGCCCAACCAAGAACAUCCUACAGAUUGUCACAGUUUCUACCAAUGUACACCAACAAUGAACGGAUUUGAAUUAGUUGAAAAAACUUGCGGUCCUGACAUGCUCUACAAUCCAGAAUCGAUGAUAUGCGACUGGGAAGACAAUGUACUGAAAAUCAAACCGUUUUGCAGUCUGCUAGAGUUUACUGAAGCGCCAACUGAAGGGGUACCAGUAUGUCCACCCGGAAUGGUCAAAGACGAGUGUGCCGUCGAAUGCCAAAAACUGUGCGAUUAUUAUUUGUUUGUUGUGCGAGAACAAGAACUUUGUUCUGAAGGGACGAAAUGCGAAUCAGGAUGUGUCGCUGCUGAGAAGAAACUGGAAUGUCCAAGAGGUCAUAUGUGGUUAAACGAACACACCUGUGUAAAAAAGCACGAUUGCAUGUGCAUAAGCGAAAACGACAAACCAGUAAAACCCGGCCAAGUGGUACGAGAAGGAAUUUGCAAAGAAUGCCAGUGCGUCGACAAUUUCUAUUCCUGCAACGAAGAGAAUUGUAAAGCCGAACUGAAAGAAGUCACCGAGCCUCCAGUAAUAAAAAAAGAAGAUUACGAUUUGGACGCAGCACUUGUCAGCACUACUCCUAGAUAUUUGACGCCCAGUGUUUCACCACCUCCAAUUUGUACUGAGGAUAGAUACAUAAAUCUUAUCCAAGGAGACCAGCCUUUACCCGACAGCGCUUUUAGUGCUAGCAGUACUUUGAGCAUGGCUUUUGCUCCAAGCAAUGCCAAGUUAUCUGGUAAAAUAACAGAAAAAUCUGGAGGUAGUUGGGCACCACAGUAUACCAACCAAGAUCAAUACUUGGAAGUUGACUUUGGACAACAAGAGCCUGUAUAUGGAAUAAUAAUCAAAGGAAGUCCACUGUAUGACGAAUAUGUAACAAGCUACAUGGUUUUAUAUAGUCCCGAUGAUAGCACUCAUUUCUAUUAUGUAUUGAAUGAUGAAUCUCCUCCAAGACCACAAAUAUUCAGAGGAUCGGUGGACACAUCUACUCCAGUCCAGCAAAUCUUCACUACACCAUUUGAAGCCAAGAAAGUCCGCAUCAAACCACAAACAUGGAACAAUGGCAUUUCCUUGCGUGUAGAAAUAAUUGGUUGUAGCGAACAACAACCAACUACUACUCCAUCUUAUGAAUAUUUCACUACAUUAAUACCUAAAGUGGCUUUUUGUGACGACGAAAUGGGUUUGAGAAACGGUUCUAUAGUAGAUCAACAAAUAAGUGUAAGUUCAGAAGCGUCUCCAGAGUUUGGCAAAAAACAGAUAAGGCUUAAUAGCGAUGCUGGGUGGAAACCUCUUAGUGAUUCUACAACGGAAUGGGUUCAGUUUGAUUUGUUGGAAAGUCGAGAUAUAACUGGAAUUGUCACUAAAGGUGGUAAAAACGGCUGGGUGACUCUUUAUACAGUCAAGUAUUCGCAAAAUGGCAAAGAUUGGAACCCUAUUUUGGACGAAAAGACUCAAAACGAAAAAACAUUUUUGGGCAACUUUGACCAGAACUCACCACAAGUCAACAAUUUUAUGUUACCAAUACAUGCAAGGUACAUCAAAAUUGUACCUCAGAAAUGGCACGAUUGCAUACAAUUAAGAGUAGAAAUUCACGGUUGCUUUAAGCCGUACCCUGUACUGGAACCAUCCGAAACCACCCCGGAAGUCAACUACCCUUGCAACACAUGUCCAGGGGUUGAAGUUGGAAGUUUGGAGAUGGAAGCUUGCAGGUGCCUAGCAGAUUUAUGGUUUGAUGGUAUUAAAUGCGUAAACCGCACCCAAUGUUCGUGCAUGGUGGGCCAUAUAGCGUACGAAGUUGGCUCAGUUUACGAACAAGAAGACUGUUCUGAGUGUAUUUGUAAAUUAGGCGGCGUUUCGCACUGUACUCCCAAGCAUUGUGGUCCUUGCAAAGAAGGACUAAGAAGUACUGUAACCAGCACAUGUCAGUGCACUUGCCAGCCGUGUCCAGAAAACACCAUUUUAUGUCCUACAAGUAAUAUUUGCAUUAAUGCUAUGCUUUGGUGUAAUGGCGUUCAAGAUUGUCCCGACGAUGAAGUUGAUUGUAUUACGACCACAGCUCAACCAUCUACAACAACCAAAAAACCAAAUACUUGUCCUAUAGUAGACUGUCAGCCUGGUUAUAAGAAAAUUUUGGCUGUAAAGGAAACAGGACAAAAAGCUUAUCUAUCUCCAUUGCUUAUGGCACAAAGCUCAACCAAAUCAAAAUACAAGUCAACCAUCAAAACUUUAAGUACCAAAGUCAAAUAUCCGAGAAAGUACAAACUUCAAACUCCUAAAGAAGCUGUAGAAGAACUCAUUUGCCCCACUUACAAGUGCGUUAACAACAAACCACCCCCUGAUUUCAUUCACACAGUAGAAGAAUGUCCUCCAAUCACUUGCCAGCCAAAUUUCAUUCCCAUUUUGGAUAAUCAUAACGAUCCUGGAUCGAAAUCUUGUCCAACUUAUUCAUGUUACCCUCAACCAAUGCCAGACGCAAUUUGCAAUGUGACAGGACGCACUUUUAACACUUUCGACGGUACCGAGUUCAAAUACGACAUUUGUAAUCACGUGAUUGGCCGGGAUUUAGAGUUGCAAGAGUGGGAAGUGGCCUUAAAGAAAAAUUGCAGCCAAACUUGUUCCAGAGAUUUGGUGAUUUAUCAUAACGAACACGAAAUUGUCCUGAGAUCUGAUUUGAGUAUUAAAUAUGAUGAUUACGAGUACAGUGUGGAGCAAAUCAAGAAUAUUGGAGCUCAGAAUAAAGGGUUUUCGAUAGCGCAGCUUGGCAGUACUGUGAUGUUUGUUUCAGAUAGAUAUGGUUUUUGGAUUAUCUGGAACAAACUAGCAAACGUAAAGUUUGGCAUAGCUCACAAAUUACUACACAAAGUUGACGGACUUUGUGGCUACUUUGACGAUGAAUCUGAAAACGAUAAGCGAAAACCGGAUGGCAGUAUAGCCAGAAGCUCAGCAGAAUUUGGAGACAGUUGGGCUUUAAGCAAAGAUCAACCAGCAUGGUGUGAAGCAAAAGCCUGUCCAAUAGCCAUCCAAAAUCAGGCCUGGGAAAUGUGCAACAAAGUCAAAGAACAACCUUUAGGCCAAUGCGCCAAAACUCUGGACAUUGAACAAUUCGUUUCCAGGUGUUUGGAUACCACUUGUACUUGCUUGGAAAAGGCCAAAGAUAAUCACGCUGCCCAAGAGGAAUGCAGAUGCAAUGCUUUACAAACUUUUGUAGUAGAUUGUUUGUCUUCGGAUAGCGGUAUCGACUUGUCCGACUGGAGAAUGCAGCAAGAUUGCCCUGCUUUAUGUGAAGCUCCUUUGGUUUAUCACGAUUGUUAUCAGAGAAAGUGCGAGCCGACUUGUGAAUCUAUUGCCGAUCCUUAUAUUUGUCCUAAAGUGCCUAAUAUGUGUUUUCCUGGAUGUUAUUGUCCAGCUGGUCAUGUUAGAAAAGACAACAAUUGCAUUAAGCCUUCUAGCUGUCGAGAUUGUGAGUGUAACAUCUUGCCUCACUUACAAUACGUCACUUACGACGAAAGUAAUUUCACUGUUAGCGGUAACUGCGUCUACGUCAUGUCCAGAGAUGCUUUGGUCAAUGCAAAAGAUGCACACAAGUGGCAGGUAUUAAUCACCAAUCAUCCUUGCAAAAACAAGCCAGAGAAAAUGUGCGUUGGAAAAGUGACUAUUUUGUACCAGGGGCAUAAGUUGCACAUUCUGAUGGACUAUUUCCGUAACAAGCUAAAACUGAUUGUGGACAAUGAACGGAUAGCGGAUUACGAAGAAAUUGAAGAUUGGGCUAGGGUGAGAGAAACUGCCACUAAGCAUAUGAAGUUGUUGCUUACUGAAGAUCAAGUUGAGGUUUCCGUCUACUAUCCGUCCCUUGGAGUAUCCGUCAAAGCACCAUCUCACAAAUACGGAGGCAAGCUUGAAGGUUUAUGCGGCGAUUGCAACAAAAAUCCCAACGACGAUAUCCGUUAUGGCCCCUUUGAUGGAAAUCCAGGAGGACAACCCAAAGAUAUAAACGAUUUUGCUCUGAGUUGGUUAUACGAAAAUUUACCCGGAGGCCAAUCCAGGCAAGGUUGCGAAAAUAAACCCCAAGAAAAAUGCAUGGAGUUGACACCCGAAGAUGAUCCUUGUAUGCAACUGUUGCAAAUUAACAAAUUUGGACAGUGUCUCAACGUGAUGGAUCCUUCAUUGUUUUUGGACUGGUGCAAAAAAGACACUUGCGGAAAUCAUCCCGAACUAUCUUGUACAGCAAUAGAAGCUUUUGCCAGAGAUUGUUCUGCUGCAGGAUUCUGUGUCAAUUGGAGGAACCAACAUUGUCCAGCACCAGCUUGCCCCUCAGAUCAACACUAUGAACCUUGUGCAAACUACAAACAAGAAACUUGUGAAACUAUUAAUUCUAACAAGAAAUCUUCUAGUAGUGUCAGUGAAGGCUGUUUUUGUUCAGAAGGCAAAGUUCUCUUGAAUACGACCUGCGUAGUACCAAAAGACUGCGAAGUGUGCGACCUAGAAGGUCACCAUCCCGGCGACGUAUGGAACAAAGACAAAUGUACCACUUGCAAGUGCGAAGGCACCUCUCUCAAAUGCGAAACCCAAUAUUGUCCCGGCAAGGAAACGAUUUGCGAAAGAGGAUAUAAUGCUAUUAAAGUUCCAAGAUCAGAAGAAGCUUGUUGUGAUAAAUAUGCUUGCGUUCCUGAGCCUACAGCAGGCCCAACAUGUGAAACCCCUCAGAAACUAAUCUGCGCUUCAGAUCAAGUAUUAAAACUAGACACCAAGCCCAAUGGUUGUCAAGCGUUUGUUUGCGAAUGUAAACCAAAAGAUGAAUGUGAAAAGGUGGAUUUGAACAACCAAGGAGCCUUAGAGCCUGGUUAUAUUAAGGAAAUUGACGAUAGAGGUUGUUGUCCAUUAUUAAAAUUAACAUGCAAAAAAGACACCUGCCCUCCUCCUAUUGAUUGUCCACAAUAUAAUACUCUAAACAAAGAAGAAACAAAAUGUUGUCCAGUGUUCACUUGCAAUCCUCCAAAGGAUAAAUGCAUAUUUGAGACUGCUUACGGAGCAGAUGAACUUGGAGGCGAAAAACUAUUAACAAUAUAUGAAAAACAAAAAGUUUUAAAGCCUGGUAACUCCACCUGGCAAGAUGGACCUUGUAGGGAUUGUAAAUGUAUUCUUACUAGCCUUGGUAACUACCAAUCAACGUGCAACAAAAUCGAAUGCCCAAACAUAAAUAACCACGAAGACUAUCCAGAGUAUGUACUCAAACCAAUCCCAGUCCACAAUCAAUGCUGCCCCCAAAUAAAGCGAACAGCUUGCAAAUUCGACAACAAAAUAUACGAAGUAGGACAAGAAUGGCGAAAACAAGGCGACUAUUGUAAAACGUACAAGUGCGUCGAAGAAAACAAAGUCCGAAUGGAAAUUGCAGUGGAAAAUUGCGGAAAUAAGCAAUGCAAUCCUGGCUACGAAUAUGAGGAAGCCAGCGAAGAAUGUUGCGGCAAGUGUGUACAAGUUGCUUGUAUUGUAGACGAUGUUGUGCGUCAAAUAGGAGAAGAAUGGACUUCUAGUGAUUAUUGUACAAAUUAUUUUUGUUUGAAUUUAAAUGGAUCGUUACAAGUUGAAGCAGUUAAAGUGAAUUGCCCCACAAUAAGCUCAGACGAUUUUGUUUAUGAAUCUCAUCCGGUUGUAGGAGAGUGUUGCCAGAUACACAAACCUGUUGCCUGUAAAGUGGGACAAACAAUUUACCAUAUUGGUGCAACGUGGCCUUCAACCAAAUGCAAAAACAUAACUUGCCUUCAAGAAUCGCACGGAUUAGUAAAGCAAGAGUCUGUGGAAACUUGCAAAAAAGAUUGCUCCAAGGGAUGGACAUAUAAAGAAUCAGACACGGCAUGUUGCGGCGAGUGCAUACAAACUUCUUGCAUUGUGAACGAUGAAUUGAAAGCUCCUGCAGACACAUGGAAAUCUGAAGAUGGCUGCGUGACAUAUUCUUGUGAUAAACUUGGUGGUCAGCUUCUUGUAUCUAGCAAUCACGAAUCUUGCCCCUCAAUAGAAGAUUGCCCUAAUGAAAAUAUUUACACUAGAGGGUGUUGUAGGUAUUGUAAUGUCACUGUGGAACAAAUGACAUUAUGUAGUCCGCAACCAAUACAACUAGAAAAAACAAUCAAAAUGAUUCAAGUUACAAGACAUGAAAAUGGAAAAUGCUUUAACAAACAUCCUAUAAGGGAUUUCACUGAGUGUGUUGGAACUUGUCAUUCUUCAACAUUCUUUAACAUAAGAUCUGGAUUGCACGAAUCUGUAUGCUCUUGUUGUCAGGCAAUCAAAUACCAACCGCUAGAUGUAGAGCUGGAAUGCGAAGACGGCUAUAAAUGGACUAAAAAAGUAGCUGUGCCGUCAAAAUGUAAUUGUGUGGCAUGUGGAGAGGGAGCCUCACCAAUGGUGGGCCAAGUAACUAUUAAAACCGGCUGAAAAUUUAAUAUUUUUGUUAUGUAUGGGGGAAUUAAAAUAUUUUUUUGAGUACUUUUUUUUUAAUUUCAAAAUGACGUUAACUAAAAACAAUUUAAACAGAACAAAAUGCAUCUUAACUAUAUAAAGUUUGAGAAAAAAAAGAUUGGGACUUGGUAACAAAGAAGUGCAAUAACGAUCCCUAUUAAUGGAGUACUUUGUUUAAAAACAAUUAUUGGUCCAAAAUAAAUAAAAAUGUUGGCCAAUAGAGACACAUAAAAAAUAAAUAAAUAAAUAAAACAUUUAUUUUUUACAUAACAAGAAAACAAAAACAAGCCUUGUAUAUUUACUAUUAAAAGUACCUAUUGCUUUAUAAAAAUAAUACCUACAUUUUCCCUCCAAGAAAAUACUAUCACAAUGAAUAUGUCAAGACAUAACGCGGCCCCUCUUUUUGCAAAACAUCGUAUAUUUUCUCUAUACAGAUUUACACCUUAUAUAUUAUUACCUUUUCCUACGUACAAAUUCAGUCUUCCAAUAUCGAAACGUUUUCGUCGAUCGUCAACGUGUACAAUUGUUCCACGUAAAGGGUUUUGGCGUAGUUGAUUUGCUGGGCGGUGGUCAGAGCCAAUUCGGCGCUCCUGCAUCUGACCCGUGGUCGUUUGAUCGGGUCGGCGUUGCCCAAAAUGGCGUUACCGCUAGAGUAAUGCAUCACGAUUUCGAUGUAGUAUCGCGAAUCGCCCGCUUCUUUUUCUUUGAUGACGUUACACGUUUCUAA